AUGAAGUACUCCGCUAUCGCCUCUGCCGCCCUGCUCUCUGUGGCCGCCGCCCAGCCUCACCGUGGACACCACGGGCGUCACCACCAUGCUAUCCGUGAUGAUGCCGCCUCAGGCGACGUCGUCAUCAAGACCGAGUGGGUGACGCAGAUUGAGUAUGUCACAGAACUCAUCGAUGCCACCACGACUGUUUGGAUCGGUCCUACUGAGAGCACCGCCGUGUCCGCCGCCCUUUCUUCCAACCCUCAGGGCAACUUCUUCGAGCCCCAGUCUUCCGUUGCGGAGACGUCCUUCACAAGUGCUGCUCCUGCGCCACCUCCGGCUUCUACUGCUUCAACGUCCAGCUCCGUCUACGUGGCUCCACCUGCGCCUAGCUCUUCCUCCUCCUCUGUCUAUGUGGCUCCUCCUCCGCCUGCUCCUACUACCUCUUCUGCCUACGUGGCUCCUCCUCCUCCGCCUGCUUCUAGCUCCUCCUCCGUCUACGUGGCUCCUCCUCCCCCUCCGCCUGCGCCUAGCUCCUCCUCCGUCUACGUGGCUCCUCCACCCCCUCCUUCUAGUUCUGUCGUCUCAAGUACUGCUCCCGCACCUGUUCCUGUUCCCAGCGGCAGCGGCAGCGGCAGCACUGGUAACUCUGGAAGCUCUGGCGUCUCCUACAAGUCUGGCUCCGGCUCCGGCUCCGGCUCCGGCUCUGGCUCUGGGACUAACCAAGGAGAUAUCACCUACUAUACCAUUGGCUUGGGAGCAUGUGGUCAGGAUGACACUGGCAAGGAUAACAGCGCCAACAUUGUUGCUCUUUCUCACCUCCUGAUGGGCACCCAGUCCAACGGCAACCCAAUGUGCGGCAAGACCAUCACCAUCUACGGCAACGGAAAGUCCACCACCGCCAUUGUGGCUGACAAGUGCACGGGCUGUGAUAAAUUGGACAUUGAUGUCAGCGAGAAGGUAUACAAGGAGCUGUACGGCAGCCUCACCUCGGGCCGCAUGCCUAUCACCUGGUCCUUCAACAACUGA